UAGAUUUUCAGCCAAUUACAAUCUUCCAAUACUAUAUCCUGUAGCUUUUCCUUCAUCCAAAUCAAUGGCAGCUCCAAGUGACUGGUGCUUCCUCAGAAAUGUAAACACCAAGACAAAACAAUGUGCAAUUAAAGUUCGUGUGGUUCGAGCAUACCGAUGUCCUCCACAUGCUUCUCGCAGAGAAACUUUAGAGAUUCUUUUUCACGACCAGCAGGGAACACGUAUAGGAUCAAUGUGUUGGUUAUGGACCCUACCGACUACACCACCAUAACACUUUGGGAUAGAGAAUGCACCGACUUGCUAGGAAGGUCGACAAGUGGAAUGAGAGACCUCAUGGUUGAGCGUACGGGAAACGCAGAUUCCUUCCCAUUGCCAGAAAUUGAGAGUUUGAUCCAGAGAAAGGGUCUUUUCCGAGUAAGUGUAAAACCAAAGUCAGAAGAUUUUUUUCUCGAGGCUAAGUCAUUUGGUGUUACGGCAAUGAUUUCUGACCCCAAUAUAUGGAAGUUGUACGAUACCCACGAUGGGGAGGACAUGAAAUUAGGCUUUUGGGACGAAGAAGAAGUUAUUGUUGAAGAUGAAGAGGUCAAAAUUCCCGAUGAGAUACCCUGGGCGAGCAGCUGUCUUGGUGGAAAACGCAAGCAUGAGAUUUAUAAGGAAGCCGAUGACCCUACUAAGAGGGAUCUAGAUGAGGAAUUUGGAGCCACAAAAGAGCUCCUUAAAAUGAAGGCCAUUAAAGCUGAGAAAUAGAGAAUGGGUCAAAUUUUAUCAAUUUGAACAUGCUUUAAUUUAUAUUCGCAUUCAAAGUUGUGAUGAAGUUAGUCUGCAAGUCUCAUAUACAGAGGUUCUGUUAAUCACAACAAUAUUACAGCCUCGGAUUCAUGAAGAAGCUAACAAAAGGUGGGACUUUUA